AUGGGUAAUUUGGGCCGUCUUGACCCCAAUUUUCGCUUCCCUCUUGAGGGUGGGCUUGCGUAUCACCGCUAUUCUUUGAUCCGUUCUAAUUCGGGUGAAAGGGAGGAAAACGGUAUGGAAUCCCCUUUGGUUUGUACUUUGGUUAGAUCUACUCACCGAGUUCGUCGUCGUCCUGUAUUGGGUGACGUUCGUCGCCGGGGCUCUGUUUCCAAUUCUGGUUCAGCUCCUCAUUCACCCGUUGGUUCUGUUGUUUCUACCGAGUCGGAUGAGACUCUUGAUGUUUCAGCUGCCGCUGAAUCCCACGAGGCAGUUAAUAUUGGUGAUGUUGUCUCUUCUGAAUCAAAUGAGACCGUUGCAAUUGAAAUCCCCACUUCUGCUGAAUCCCCCGAGGGAGUUGACAUUGGUGAAAAAGCUGAUUGCAAGGAGGUUGAGAAUACUCCCUCUAAUAUUAUUGAGACCGAUGGUCGUGAGUCCCUUGAGACUAUUAAGGAGGAAGAAUCCCAAAAAGAGGAAGAAGUUAAGGUUGUUGAGAACUACAAACAACCUUCUUUGGUUACUCGUGCUUUGGCCAGCUAUGAUCAGUUUAAACUUCCCCGUCUUCCCAAAUCGAAUGACUCUUAUUGCCAUGGCUCCUUGGCCAACAUUGAACAGGAGACCCCUCCUCCUGUCAAGCUUUCUGCUUUUAAUUGUUUCAAGAAAUUUAUCACUGGUGCUUCUUCUCAUUCACCUGCUGAUUCUGUUGACUCUGUUGAGUCUAAUGUGACACUAGGAGCCCCCGAGGAAGUCAAUUGCAAUGAGUUCAAGAGCUCACCCUACAUUGGUGAUGAUCCUGAGUAUGACACCCUCUCAGACUGGUCGCCUACUGAUUUUGAGAAGGAGGAGCGUCUUCGUGCUGUCUCCGAGUACGAUGAAUUAUUUGCCGAGUCAGGAGAAGUUGAGCUUAUGUGGGAAGCCCCCGCUGAUGCUUGGUCAUUUUAUGAUGCUCCCACUCCCGCUGACGUUGAAGAGACUGACGACUCAUCUGAUGUCAAGAAGAUGAAUUCCUUUGAGGAAAACAUUUCAUUGCUUACUAGUCUCCUUGAGGAGAUUGAUGGCCACAAAGCCAUGGUUCAAAGAUCUAUUGACACUGGUAUCCCAAUUGUAUCCCAUCAAACUUGGGCUGAGGCAGAGGCUUACAUGGCCGAUCCUACCGGGGCCGCUCCUAUCGAGCCCCAAUCUCCAGUUUGCUCUGACUCUUCAUUUGCUGAGUCGGAUAGUUCUUUGGCUUCAUCCGAGCCUGAAUCUCAAGCAACUGUUUUUGACAACAUUUCAGUUGAGGAAGUCAGAAAAUCCAAGACACCACGCUUGUUUACAAGAGUCAAGGCAAUGGCCACUUCUGUUAUGAGAAAGGUUGCAUCUCGUAAAACCACUUCCAUUUCCAGAUCCACUCUCAUGUUCAAUGGUGUUAAAACAGCUACUUAUGCUAACCCACCUUGCGAAGACGGACUCAGCGACUUCACUUUGGAGAGUAAGAAUUACAGACUUGAUGGUGGUGCCAUUCUUGAGGUCCAUUCGCCAAUUGUUUACCAGAACAUUCGCAGUAUUUGUGGAAUUGACCACCAUAGGUUUUUGAACUCUUUUGUUGUGCAGUCUGAGGUUAAUGAAACCAAAUCACCUGGACAAUCCGGCUCUGACUUCCUUUUCACUUCGGAUGGCAAGUACAUCAUCAAGACUAUCAGGCGCAAAGAACACAAAGUCAUUGCUAAUUCUGACUUCUUGGCUGACUAUUACGAAAAUAUCAUGGCCCAGCCUGAUACUCAGCUCCCUUAUUAUCUGGGACAUUACACCAUUCUUUUGAAUGGGAAGAGAUCUCAUUUUGUAGUCAUGGAGAAUUUGCUUCACAAAAAGACUAAGCUGGUCUAUGAUCUCAAAGGAUCCAGCCAUGGGAAACGAGCCGGAGUAAGAGAAAAUAAUUCUGGCCGUGUGGUAUGCAAAGAUCUCGAUUGGACUGACAAGGAUCAGGCUCUACAUUCAGAUGGAGAUCAACGAGAGUCCAGUUAUUGUAUCAACUUCAAAAUGAUGUUGGCUUAUUGGAAGAACAUAACAUUAUGA